UUAAAAAUGUGGUAACAAUGCGUUUCAAGUACAGCAAAACUAUAUUAGAAGCUCAGUCUGCUGACAGACCUAUAGUAGAUUUGAGCUGGUCUCCAAACAAUGUGAAAUUGGCGGUAGCGACGUGCGACCGCGUAAUAUUUCUUUACGACCGUGAUGGAGUCCGUCGCGAUAAGUUUAACACCAAACCUGCAGAUCCGGCUGCGGGAAAAAAGUCCUACACUAUCACAGCGAUAGCCUUCAGCGAGAACUCCGAGUCAUUGGGCGUGGCUCAGAGCGACAACAUGGUAUUCGUAUACCGCGUGGGCGCGGACUGGAGCGGCAAGAAGGUGAUAUGCAACAAGUUCCCGCUCAGCGGCGCGCCCAUGCGCCUGGUCACUGCCGAUAACGGCUUCUACACGGGGACCAGCGAUGGAAAAAUUAGGACUCUGGACUGCAAGAGUAACAAGAGCUCCAGUCUUUGGUCAGCCGGGUCGUGCUGCGUGUCACUGGCACGGAGCGGUGAGGCAGCCGCGUCGGGCCACGUCGACGGCGCGCUCUACGUCAACGGCCGCCUGCUGCUGCGGUACAACCUGCCGCCCACAGUCUUGGCUCUGGUGCCGCCCUAUCUAAUCGUAGGUGCGUGUGACGGUCGCGUGUGCGUGUACGAGGCGCAGCGCGGCGCCCUCGUGCGGAGCGUCGAGCCCGACCUGCCGCCGGACCGCCGCGAUCUAAUCACUGCUGCGUUGAGCCCUUCCGGACAGACAGUAGCAAUCGGUACGUUCGACGGUUGCCUCAUAGGCGAGGUGAAGGAGGGCGGCGCGUUGGAGCUGAGCGCGCUGCGCGUGCCGCAGUUGUACGCGGCGGGCGCGCUGGCGUGGAGCGCGGACGGCACGCGCCUCGUGCUGGCCGCGCAGACUGGCGCGCUUCUGGAGUACGAGGCCGUGCUCAGACGCUGGGUGUGGCGCGAUGCUGUGGAGGUUCGUCACGCGAGCCCGCAGCGAAUCCUGUUAACGCGGCUGGCUGGCGACGCACCGGCCUUGGUCGUCACCGCACGACUCGGCCCAGAGAUAUACAACGUGCGGUUUGUGGGAAACGAUUGGUACGCCGUGUGUCGUACGAGCAACUCCUUGAUCCUUUGUGACAUAGCCCGCGGUCUAACCAGUGAGAUACCAUGGAGUGGCGGUGGAGAGCGCGUGUACGCGGCGGCAGGCGGCGCGUGCCUGCUGCAUCGCGCGGGCGAGCUCAGCGUCGUCGAGUACGGCCUUGAUGCCGUGCUGCAUACCGUGCGAACCGAGCGUGUGAACCCGCACGUACUGAGCGUGCGCAUCAACGAGAGUGCGUCCUCUCACGACGCCGACCGCAAGCGCCUCGCCUAUCUGUUGGACAGACAGACCGUCGCUGUGGUAGACUUGGUGACAGGCAGUCAGCUGGGUCAGUGGUGGCACGAGGCCCGGGUCGACUGGCUGGAGUUGAACGAGGGCGGCGAGCUGCUGCUGCUGCGCGACACGCGACGCCGCCUCGCGCUGCUGCGGCUUGACGGGGAUAAGGAAAUAAUAGCGAGUGGAGUCAGUUUUGUGCAGUGGGUGGAAAAUAGCGACGCUUUUGUUGCCCAAACACCGACCCAUUUAUUGAUAUGGUACAGCGCGUGGGAGACGAGCAGCGUGGAGAUGUCGGAGUGUGGCAGUGGUGCUGUCGAGCUGCGCGGCCGCCUGCUGCUGCGGCCCGGCGCUGCUCCACUGCAGCUUGACGAGCACCGCUUGGAGUUCAACAACGGUCUGAGAAGCGGCGAUCUGUACGGGUGCGCGUCGUACCUGGACGGCGUGAGCGGCGCGGACUUGGCCCCACUGUGGAGGCAGCUGGCCGAGCGUGCCAUGGAAGUCAGCGAUGUGCAGUUAGCUGCCAAAUGCUACCGUGAAGUAGGUGACGAUGCUCGGAAGUUUUAUCUGGACCAAAUAUUAGAGCUAGCCACAACUGAAGGAAACGGUGACGUAGCUGCAGGCAUCAACUCAUCACUAGUCCGCGCCAAGCUGGCGAUAUACUCGGGCGAUCUGGCUACUGCCGAAGAGUGUUACGUGAAGGCAGGUCAGCCAGAGCAAGCGAUCAAGAUGUUCCGGCAAUACAAUCGCUGGACGGAUGCAAUAGCGCUGGCCGAGAAAACGGAUAGAGCCGCUGUAGACAGCCUGAAGCAGCAGUACUUGGAUUAUUUGAAUUCUACUGGUCGUUCAGGCGAGGCGGGCGCGGCGCUUCUAUCAAACGGUGACGCGCGCGGCGCCGUCCGCGUGUGGCUACGGGGUGGUCGCGCGCGCCGCGCUGCCACCGCCCUGCUGCAGCGACCUGACUUGCUGCGCGACACGACGUUGCUGCACGAUGUGAAGGAUCGUUUGAUACAGGAAGAAUGGUGGGAGCUGGCGGGCGAGCUGGCGGAGCGGACGGGCGACAGCGCAGCUGCUGUGGACUAUUACGCAAAGGGCAACAACUACUCGAAAGCGGUGCAGCUAGCGAGAGAGGCGUGCCCACACGAGGUGACUCGUCUGGAGGGGGAGUGGGGGGCUUGGCUGGCGAGCUCGCGACAGCCGGGUGCCGCCGUGCCGCACCUCAUAGAGGCGGGCCGCACCGCAGCCGCGCUCAGCGCCGCCCUCGCCGCGCACCACUAUAGCCGCGCGUUGCAGAUAUUGCAGGUCAUUGAUGAUAAAGAAUCUAUAAAGGAAGAAUGUAAGCAGCUGGGAGAUCAUUUCAUAUCAGUUAAAGAUUGGGAGACAGCAGAGAAGGUGUUAACAUCGUGCGGCAUGACAGAGCGGUGCGUACGCGCGUACAACUCAGCGGGGCGUCUCGCAGACGGGCUGCGUUUAGCCGCGCGACUGUCGCCCGACACCACGCGCGACAUCUACGCGCCGCUCGCCGCGCAGCUGCGCCAAGACGGACAGCUGCGUAAAGCUGAGCAGAUAUACGUGGGAUUGGGAGAUGUCGAUGAGGCGAUAUCUAUGUAUAAGGAAGCAAAACAGUACGAUUCCAUGCUACGACUCGUGGCUGCUCACCGUAGCGCACUGCUGGAGGCGACGCGCAAGCACGUGGCGCAGGCGCUGCAGGCCUCUGGCGACCUGCGCGCCGCAGAGAACUACUACAUACAAGCCGGUGACUGGAAGAGUGCGAUCGCAAUGUACGGCGGGGCGGGUCAGUGGGAGGCGGCGGAGCGCGUGGCGCGCGCGCACGCACCCGCCACGGUCGCGCAGCAGACGGCGCUGCAGUGGGCCGCCACACUGCCGCCCGCGCCCGCCGCUCGUCUGCUCGCUGCGCGCGGGCUUGCCGCUGUUGGUGUGAGAUGGGCCCUCCAGGCGCAGAGAUGGGACAUCGCUAACGAGCUGAGUGAUCUUGGCGGCGGGGUUUCGCGUCGCGAGGUCGCGCGGCACGAGGCGGCGGCGCUGGCGGCGGACAGCCCCGAGGCGGCGGCGGCGGCGUUCGUGCGGGCCGGCGCGCCUGACGACGCCGUCCGCGUGUGGCUCGCACGCGGUGAUCAUCAACGUGCGCUCGCAACAGCUGAGAAGCACGCGCCGCAUAUGGUGGAAGAAGUGCUGGUAGAAGGCGCGCGCGCGGCGGCGGAGCGCGGUGACCUGCAGGAGUUCGAGACGCUCAUGAUCCGCGCCAACCGCCCGCGAGAGGUCGUGCAGCAUUACAAGGAUUUAGAGUUAUAUGAGGAGGCGUCUCGCGUGGCCCGCGAGUACGUACCGGACGGCGGGGAGGGGGUGCCGCCCGCUGUUCCGCCGCUGCUGCAGCGCGCCGCUGACCUGGCUGACAGGUCUGAGUGGAGCGAUGCGGUGCGUGCGUUAUGCGGCGCGGCGCGUGCGGGCGCAGCGGGCGGCGCGGCGAAGUUGGCGGAGCGUGCGGCGCUGCGGGCGGCGCGACUGGCCCGCGACCGUCUGCGCGGGCAAGCGCGUGCUACUGCCGCCGCUAUGCUUGCUGAUUCUUUUGCUGAGAUCGGCCAAGCUGACGUAGGAGAGCAACUCAGAGCAGCCCUAUUAGAAGAUAUGGACGAGGAAGGAGUCGGUACGUCAGCGGAUUACGACGAAGAAGAGGAGGCGGCGAGCGAGGCGGGUGAGGCGACUGAUGCGGGUGACGCGAGCGAGUUGACCGCGCUCGAGCAGCUCGCCCGCAGCGGACAGUGGCAGCGCUGCCUCGCGCACGCCGCCCACCGCGCGCCGCACUACGCGCUCAGAUACGUCGCGCAUCUGUUCAAGACACACUCUCGUACUGAGGGUCUCGACAUAGAGAGCACAGAAGUACCCGAAGCGUUGUCUGCAGCGCUUGAAGCGCUGCGUCAGUAUAUAUUAUUAUCGCAAGCAUCACUCGGCCAGGGCGACGCGACGCUCGCUCGUGCGGUGGCGGGCGAGUUGCUCGUGCGAGUGUCCGCCGCGCCUAAAGCGGUCGCCGCGCUGCAGGAUGCCGCCGCGGUGCUGCUCGCGAUAGGCGCUGAUGAUAGGAUACUUCAGGCCAUAACUUUAUUGAUGGCGUUGCACGUUCCUCAAGUGUCGGCGAAGGCGGCACGCGCGCUGCCGCGCUACACGGACAUCAUUGUCGCUGAUAUCGCGUUCUACAUGUGCGGUAUGAGUGUACGCGGGGAGGCUGGAGGCGCGCGCGAGGCGUUUGUGCUGCUCAACCACUGCCUCGACCUCGCCGAGGCCGCCGACGACGACAGCGCACACAUGAUAGACUACACAGACUUCGAAUGCACGGACUGGCCGCGCACGCCGCUGCUGCUGGGUGCGGCGAGCGUCCGUGGCGCGCCGCUCGACACCGUGCGCGACUGGGUGCUCGCUGUGUCCAUGGACCAGGCCGUUGACCAAACGUUGCCGGUUGACGAGCGCGGGCGGUACGCGGCGAGUGUAUCGAGCGGCGAACAGUGCUGCGUGCUGACAGGAUAUCCGCUUGGCUCGCGGCUUGUCACUUUUGCUAAUGGGCGCUGUGCUAACCGCGAGUCGUGGUCUCGCGCGGCGCACGCGGCCCGCUCGGCGCCGCUCGCCGCCGCGCUCGUGCGGCACGUCGACGCCUGGUGCGGGCAGAGUGACUUCGCGCAUGUGUAGGUAGCAUUAUGUUGAUUUUGUAGUUAUUCAGCAUUUGAAUUUUCACUAACUGUUAUUACAAGUUUUGGAAAAUGUGACGUCACUUUUUCUGUGUGAUACAUUUCUUGGUAGUCACUAUGAAUUUUGGAAAAGU